AUUGUUGGUCAGCUGUAGCUAAUCAAAACAAACCGCUUUUACAUUUCCGUAAAAGUGGAUACUGUGCAUACUAAAAUGAGUCGAAAAGACGCGUAAAAAUUGUUUUUUUUUAUAAAAUUAUACGGGUUUUGAUGAAUGCCAUAAUUGCGCUAUGUCACUUUUGCGAGGCCCAUGGUCCCGGGGCAUUGUUCUGCACCCAAACGCUGCGCGAAACAAACAUCCACCAGCUGGACAUUAAUUUCGACAGUGAUCGGAAGGGGUGUCCGGCGUGCAACUCUAUCGGAAACACCAUCGGUCUGGUGAGCAAGGAUCCGGACAGUAAUGCCCACUUCGUGAGCAGUCAAGUCCCAGUGAUCAACGAAACGAUCGAACUGGUGAAGAAAGCUGCCUUCCGUAGUAUCAGUAGCGAAGUGAGUUCCCCUCCCGGCAGCGGCAGCGGCGAUGGUGGAAUGGUAUUUUUCGGAGAUGCCCAACGGGGUCAUGUGCUGAGUCACACGUUUCACCUGGUGGAUUCCAACGCUCGCGGGUUCAGCAAGCUGUUCUCGAUUGUGGUUCUGAUGAAGGACAAGACGUUUCUGCUGAACAUACAACCCUUCUUGGCGGAUUGUUUGAAAAAGAUUUCCAAGGAACUCCAAGGUUACGCUAGCGUUGUCCAUGAGCAAGAUUUGAAAGCGCAGGGAUCACAGCGGGCGCAGAGGAUGAGCCAAGGGUACACGGGAGCUACCUCCACAACAAGGUCUCUGGCGGAACUAACGGGGAAGGAAUCCAUUUUUGCCUAUUUGCAUGCACAUUUCUCGUUUGUGCUAUGGGCAGGUGUGCGUUAUCUAACGGAAAGUAUUACCCUUGGAAGCCCGUCGGUUCCACCGUGGCUGGGACGGGAUACCGAGGAAGGAUUUACCAUGGUUCAAACCGAUAAGGAAGGGUACAUGUUGCGACGCAUGGGACUGGGAAAAGCGGAGGACGAAUCAAAUCAAAUCGACGAGCGGACGAAGGCUAAAUAUUCCCUGCGAAUGUUUCGACAGAUACUGAAGAGUGACUUCCCGUCGGUUUGCUUCUGUGUGUUGACGGGAAUUCAGAUAGUGAUUCGUGGGCCAUUCGUCAAAGGUGCCUGUUUGGUGAGAAAUUUGAAGAAACUGAUCCCGGAACCUCUUCACAAAUUGGUCAGAGCUCGUGCCGAAUCAUACAAGGCUGCGAAUGAGUGCCGGAUAAUCAAUUUGAGCCAAGAUGCGGUGGCACCGAAUCCGUCCGCUGGAAUUAUGCGAAUCGAUUUGGUAGAUGACCGGAAUAAGGACACCGUAGCCGUUUGUGUUUGGGAAGGUGAUUUGCCUUUGAAAUUGCCAAUGUUGCUUCAAAAAAUAACCAAAGCUGUCGACGAAGAACUUUUUACUGAUUUGGUCCUAGACAAACACUUGCGAGCCUUGAUCGAGGAAUGGAAAAACAAAGUGGUCUGCAUUCGGAAGAUGAGCUCCAACCAGGACGUGGCCAAGAUCAAGCGAAUAAUGGGCAUCCAGCCGCAGGACCAAACGCUGAUCACAUACUGGUACAGUCACUUAUAACACCCGACUGCAUUUCACGUGGAACCGUGUCCUCCAUGUAUUUCACUUAAUUACACAAAUAAUAAAAGGAAUAUUGUGUUUUUCCUUCGAACCAA